AUGAUUGCCGCCUCAAUUGCCAGCGUUGUCUUUGGACUCAGCUUUUUAGCUGGUGUCCAAGGAGAUCUCGUCCAGGUCACGAACUUCGGUAGCAACCCAUCCGGAAUCGAGAUGUACAUUGACUUGCCUGACAAUGUCACUGCAAACGCCCCAGUCAUCCUUGCGCUCCAUGGAUGUGGUGGCUCGGCCCAGAGGUACUAUGGACAGAACAAUCUUGCCGCAGUGGGCAAGGGCAGGGGCGCCAUCAUGAUUUAUCCGUCCGCCGGCGACAGCACGCACUGCUGGGACUCCGGCACACCGGAGAGCUUGACCCGCGACGGCGGAGGUGACACUCAGAGCCUUGUACAGACGGUCCAGUACGUUCUGAGCGAGUACAAGGCAAGCCCAGCCAAGGUCUUUUGCGUGGGCAGGUCAUCGGGUGCCAUGAUGUGCAACGCUCUCGCCGCCGUCUACCCGGACGUCUUCGCCGCGACAUCGGUCUACUCGGGCGUCGCUGCUGGCUGCAUGGCAGUGCCCGAGGGCACCCCUGCCAACCCCAUGGAGACGUGCGCCAAAGGAAACGUCACCAAGACCCCCUCGGAGUGGGCCGCCACCGUCCGCUCGUACAACCCCAGCUACAGGGGGCCCUACCCGCGCAUGCAGCUCUGGCACGGAACUUCCGACGUCGUGGUUGUGUAUCACAACUUUGUGGAAGAGCUCAAGGAGUGGUCUGCCGUUUUCAACGUGCCUUUUACUCGGAAUAUCACCAGCUCCCCUGAGGCCAACUACACGCAGAUGAUCUAUGGAGAUGGGUCUAAGAUGGUCGGAUACAGCGCACUGGGCGUCGGCCAUGUCGUCCCCGAGCACGAGACUUCUGCAAUGGCGUGGUUUGGUAUCUAA